AUGUUAAACCGACAAAGCAUAAUAUAUAAUUGGGAUCAAUUAAAAAAGCAUUUUGAGCACAAGAUACUAGGCUUGCUGGCUUAUGAUUUGUCGAUGCCCAUGCACAGGGCACAUAUUAUAGAGGAGCCCUCAGUAGCGGCCCUAGGCGGGGCGAGGUGGAGUAUGGAGUGAGAAACUGACAACUGCCCAAGGCUUCAGGAUAUAUAAGAGGUGUCGCGGUGCUUAGCCCAAGGACGUUAUUUUGGGAAUCCCUACCUCAAAAAGAACUGUAUAGGAUCACUUUGUUGUCCAUCUGUCUGUAAUUUUAAUAUUUUUCUUAGGAACGCGUAAAGGUGUUACGUUAAAAUUCAUAUCAAGUAGCCUGGGCUACGGUUCUUUUCGGCUUUGAAAAAAAAGAACUACUAUCACCGGGAUCAAAAGAUAUGACUGUUAAUGUCGUAUAUUGUGCGAGUUUACAGGGGCAUCAAAACGUAUAGGGUGCUUCCCGUUGACCUAAAAUCAUGAAAUUUGAUAAGGAGCAAUGUGCAGUAAAAGUAGCUCAUGUAAAGUAAAAGUCGGAAAAGCGUCAAUAUGUAAUUAAAAAAAAAACAAAACUUAUUAUUUGCGGUUGGUGCAAUUAUCGAGUCUAGGGAUCGAAUGGGAAGUUAAAUUUGUAAAGUUUGAACUUAUAUACUCAGAUGCUAUACCUAUAAGUUUGGACCCCUGGGUGCGCGAAUCUAACUAGCAAUUGUCCGUUUUUUUUUGUCUUGAACCUGUAAAUAAAUAAAGCAUGUUGAAAUCAGGGACCUACUUUUUAUUCCCGGAGCUACAGGCCGCGUCGCUGACUCUUCGAGUUUAUAGUUGAGUAGGAAAUAGGAACUUCAUAGAUUUAUUUCCAUGAUUUAUGAUUUGAAUCUAUGAAUCUGAUUUCAAAUAGAGAACAUGAUUUUCUACACCGAUCAACAAUUUAUUACUUACUAUCUUGAGGUUACCUACAUAAUAUUUUAUUCAUUAUUGAAUUUACAUUUAAUACUGUGUAGGUAUAAUAAAUAUAUGUACUUAUAAUAGUCUUUUGUCAUUUCAUAUUAAGCAUAACAAUGUCGAACAUAGGUACUGAUCGACCGUACCGUUCUAUUACUGUCAAAGAUAAGAAUUAUGGUGAAUCAUUACCUAUAAAAACGAAGCAUGUAAUUAGAAAACAAAAGAAAAACACUACAUAUUUAAUUUGCUAUCGCCCCGUGGUCAAAGUUUUCUAAAGACCACUUGAACUAGUAGAUGUUGACCCCAACAUUGGGUCGUCGGAUGAAGUAAGCGGACAUUGUCCAGCAAGACACGCUUGAGUGGUGCGCGCGCUCUGUUGCACCGAUCUUUCACCUUCGCAAUAAUGACGCCUAUAAAACCUUGUCAUUUCAAUAAUGUGACGUUACUUUCAUCCCGCCACGAACUAAGACUACAACAUAAUACGACAAGGAGCAGUUUUAAAUUUAAUAAGGGUAUUUGGGUUUAUACCCACAACAAAAAUGUGUAAAUUAGGAUGUUUGUUAUUUGUUUGGGCCGUAUGUGAAGGAGUGUUUUCUAGUGAAGAAAAAGGGUUUGUACAGCCAUUGGAUUUUGGAGACAUCUUCGAUUCCGGUGACACUGGCAUUCCGUCGCUGGCUUCGAAUCCUAUUGCCGCAGCAGUGCUUAAAGUAGAUAAGAGCCAAUAUCCUCAGUUGUUUGAUACCGUCGUCAGUAGUUCCAUCGAUUCCUUGCGUCGAAUAACACCUAGAGAUAAUGCAUUUGCUGCUGAAAACUUUGGGUUUAAUCCGAUUGCAAGUCAAAGCUUCCACGCGCCAGUGAAAUCUGCAAAAAUAGUUGCACAAUCAAGACAACCGCAACCGCAAUCUCAAAUCACUUCCCUGCCUAAUGGGCAACAGCUUGGCGCUUUAAGAUACGAUAUCCGCACUGUGCAUGAUGCUGAUUACAAAGUAUAUAAGCCUGAUGAAAACGAACAGGGAGAAGAUAUUUUAGCUGCUUUAAAAAAGAAUCCUACUGUUGCUGCAUAUUUUCAACCUGCAGUAACUAAUGUUGAAGUUGCUCAUCCAUUAAACUAUCGUAAGGAAGAAUUGAAUGAAAACCCCGAUAUUGAACAGAACUACAAGGCAAAUGCUUAUAUUACAGGACCAGCACGUAUACGGAGAUACACGAGCGGAAGACGAAGUGAAAACUUGAGAAAAAGCAAUGAUGAAGAAGAUGAUCCCUAUGGUUAUAAAGCUGAAUAUAUUUCAAGACCCAAAGCUUUCGAUAGUGACCUGUACAGCAGUGCGUACAAACAAGAAAAGAACCCGAAGAAAGACUAUGAAUACCCUUACAGCUACGACUUCGGAUAUGACCAUAAGGAAUACGAAAGGAUAAAGGAAUUAUCUGAAAAGCAGGCUGCUGAAAUUAAACAAAACCCAGGGAAUUGUAAAGAGGUUAAAAAAGAUGGAAUGACGUGCAGUGUUUGUAAAGAUCCUAAGACCGGAGGAAACUAUGAAUCAUGUUCAUAUGUUGCUGAACCAAAGAACAACCAAUACGCCUAUUCCAAAGAAAGGAAAUUUGAUAGCAAUGAUGAACCCGAUGAAGUUGAAGUUGACCAAAAAGCUGAACAACCUAAAAAAGCAGCUAAAUAUACCGAAGGAGAAAAAAAUAAUGAACAAAAAUAUGCCAAGUUGACCGCAGCUGAAUCAGAAAAACCAUACAGUAAUUACGAGCAAGCAACAAAUGAUGCCAAAGAUGCCGGUGAUAAAUACAAAGCUUAUUACAUUCAUACUUCUAACCCUAAUCCUAGCGAAGCAUUAAGAGCUGCGGAAAAUGAUGGUUCCAAAGAACAAACAGAGUCAGUAGCUAAACCUUACGAUUAUAAAAAGGCUUUGCCGGGAUUUUAUACCGAAAAUGAACCUAAAAAAGACGUAGAGCACGUUUUAGCAGAAUUUAAGAAAAAAGAUAGGUCUUCUUGCAAAAGAGUACAAAAAAAUGGAAUGACAUGUUUCCAAUGCAUUGAUAAAGCGGGCUUGAAAAAUGAAGAGUGCAUGUUUAUUUCUGAAUCUGCUCCGAAACGUAGCCACUUAGCAUACCAGGAAGUGAAAGAAUUUACAUCUAAGCCAGCCACUCUUGAUAAAGAAAACGAAGGCUCGCAAAGUCAAAUUGUUACUACCAGCGCCCCUGCUGUUGAAAAGUCUGCUGCGUAUGUAGUUGAUAACAACACUUAUGGAAAAAAAUUAAAGCGUAAAAAGGCACCAACGGCAGUUGCCAGCACUGCUACCGGCGCAGGUAAAACUAAGAGAAGUAUAGAUUUACAAGCAGAAUCGCAUGCAGACAUUGUGGAUCAAUCUAAUAUAGCACCACCGGAAGAAUUCGCUGGGGCCAAUUCCAAGGGAGCUUUUUGGGCGGAAACUAUGCCCAAAUAUAGCGCAAGUCUGGGUGUUACGCUGCCUGAAUAUAUGUUAUCUAGGUCAGACCACGAAGCCGCAUUCGACGAAGUUGUUGCUAACGUGUAAAAUCAAUAUGUUUACUUUUGCUUAUUAGUCAAAGAACAAGUAUUAAUAGAGCGUAUCCGUUAUACAAUAGCGUUAAUAAAACCUAAACAGAAGGUAACGGGAAAGAUAUUUGUUACGUAAUUAUAAGAUUUCGCAGUUAAACGUGCUACGAAUCAGUCGAUAUAAAUUUCGUAGUAACCCAAAAAAAAAUAAGCGGUCGUGUUCCGUUGUCGGUCAUUGGCUAACCUAGUGAAACUGUACCUACUUGUAGAAAUGUGCAGUACCUACGAGACUAACAUUGUUGUUUACUUUAUACCAUUACUCGUUUGUUGUUAACUAGUUGUAUAUAAUUUUAAUGAUAUGGUUAUUAUUAAAGUUGUUUGUUAUGA